AUGCGCCUCAGUCUCGCCGCCAUUGCGCUGCCCCUCGCCGCCGCCUACUCGGCAGACCCGAUGAUGCUCAAGGCCGCCGAGCAGCAGGGCUGCAGCCUUCCCCACGAAUUCAAGGUCCACGACUUUGUCGGCCAGGCCAAUGGCACCGGCGAUGCCCCCGCGCCGUCCUUUUUCACCUUUGCCUACACAGACGCGGUCACUGGCGUCGAGACGACAUGCCAGCUCAACGCCACGUCGACGUCGACGACGCCCGGGGGCCUGACGCCGCGCUAUGCCUGCGAAAACCACGACGUCAAGUUCAUCUGGGGCCAGGAGAAGCAACAGCUGACCAUUGUCGAGCGAGCUUGCCCAAAUCCUCAGGGAACGCCCCUCUACGAGGCCGCUGGGAGCAUCACCAUCUCAGCUCCCUGCAAGGGCGGCCAAUGCGCCGCCAAUGCGACGGAAUACCUUGGCACCUUUAACAGCCUCCAGCCCGUCCGCGAUCCUACUAGCUUCAAGAUGGCCUAUGAAAUGAUGCAAAUGGAAUAA